ACCCAACACGCCGCCCUCACCGGGAGCAGCGCGUGGACGGCAAAGCGUCUUCAGGCGUAGCGGGACGACAUGUCGUGCGCCGGCGCUCACGGGAUGCCGCAGUGGGAGCGGAAAGCGCGCACGUUUCUGUGCGUCUUCGGCUUGGUUCUGUCCGUCUACGCGCUUCACGUCGAGCUGUCCCGAGAGAGAAACCCGGACUACAGGGCGAUGUGCGACCUGGGGGAGUCUGUGAGCUGCUCCAAGGUGUUUACCUCCAGAUGGGGACGUGGCUUUGGUUUGGUCCAGUUCUUCGUGGCCAAAGAUAGCCCUCUAAACCAGCCCAACAGUGUGCUUGGCAUCAUAUUCUACACUCUACAGAUGGGCCUGGGGCUCACGCUGUCCAAAAGAGCGGCCAUGUUUCUGGUCUUCUCCUCCUGGGUGUCUGUGGCCGGGUCGCUCUACCUUGCCUCUAUUCUGGCCUUUGUCCUGGGGGACUUCUGCAUGGUCUGCGUGUCCACGUACGUCGUCAACUUUGCGCUGCUCUUCACCAACCUGAAGCGAAGGCGAGCGAUUGGAGCAAUGAAGGAUAAGACACGGUAGAAGGUACCAGCGGAGUGCAACGCCUUCCUUUUUCUGUCUGCUGAGCUGAAGUCCCGCAGGAUCUGAUAUUUGUAGAUUUCUGUGCAUUGACGUUAAAUACAGACUUUCUAACACGCACAUUUUGUGAAAUCCUUGAAGUGGAUACACUGUAAUAAGUCCAUCUUAGCAAGGCGACAACAUGCAGUUACACAGUCUUGUCAGUAGAUGGAGCCAAAUGCCCAUUAUUUCAGUUCACCUCUAAUGAUUGGCUGCUCCCAUGACCUCUGCACAACCAGCUGUUCUCACCUAACAAUCAACUCUGAACACUUCCCUAAACGCAGCUUUCUCAAUCUUGCUCGUUUGCAUCAGCUGCCGUUUGAAGACUUUUUCCGUUCACCGUUGGAUCUUCAGGUUCUUCCUGUACCUUGUUCACUUGACCUGUUCUCAUUUUCCAUUCCUUAAAUUUAGGAUGGUUUCCUCUGUGCUCUGUAUGAAUUUUGCCCUUCCUUUAGUUUCACUAAGUUUAGUUUUUCUGGCCCAUUUUAAGGCCCAUUUUGAGUUUAGUUUCUAAUUUUCUUGUACACCUUCAAGUUGUAGUGCUGGUUUCUUUGUGCUGCUGUAUGUUUUGCUUUUAGUCACUUUAAGUUUAGUCUAUAUGUUCAGUCAAUAGUUUUAGGAAUCUAAUUUCCUGUUUUGUUGUGUGGGCAUUUGAUUUGACGCCUCUCAACUCUUUGUUUGCCUCCUGAAUGAUGUGCCUUACUUUGUGAUUUGUGGCAGAAAUACUAGAAAUCAUAAUGCAAAACUAAAAUGUCAGCCACAAAUGAGUGUUUAGUUCAUAAUCAAUCUUAAGAAGUCCAGUGUUCUGCAUGAACUGUAUUACUUAAUUCCACCUUCUCGCUGUAUGAGCAUAUUCAAUAAAGACACGAGAAAUAGCA